AUGGCGCAUAUCAAGGGUCUCAAUGCUCAUGAUCGGCCUCCUGAAGUGAUCAGGCAAUGCUAUAAAAAGUACUCCAAGAUCUCUUUAGCAGAUGUCGACCAAGACCCGGCAAUUCUCGACCUGCAACGACUAGAUCCGCAAGACCUACCUCCAGCCAUCAAAGCGUCACAGUCCCUGCCAAGUCAGGGCCUUCGAAUGGCAUUUGAUGACUUCGUUUCUGGGCGCCAUGAACGAAAUAUGGAGCAUGCCCCGUCAAUGGAAAACAUCCCAAUAUUCACUCACGACUCGAUCACCGGACUCCUAAUGAUUCCCUCUCUUUUCCCACCGACCAUACAGAUUGAACUGCUAUCCCGGCUACUACAUCGAGACCUGUCAAACCCCGAACACAAAACAAAUUUACACAUACAUUACGACGUUACCUAUCCCGAGGCGGACGAUAAUAUGCAUACAAGGUCGUUCUUUGCGAGUGAUCCAGCUCUCAUUAUGCAUCCUAAAGACCCUCACAUACACAAACCUUUGACUGUUCAAAGCGCCUGGGAGAAGAAACUCCGCUGGGUAACUUUAGGCGGCCAAUAUGACUGGAGCGCAAAGGUGUACCCUUCCGAAGCUCCACCGCCCUUUCCGCAAGACAUUGCAAAUCUCUUGCGCACCCCAUUCCCUGAGACUGAAUCUCAAGCGGCGAUCCUAAAUUUCUAUUCUCCCGGAGAUACGCUGAGUGUUCAUCGAGAUGUGAGUGAGGAAUGCGAUGUAGGGUUGAUCAGUAUGAGUUUUGGAUGCGAUGGCCUAUUCCUGGUCAGCCAUGACGAUGGCAACGGCUGUGGAAUCAUUCGAAUUCGGUCUGGCGAUGCCGUUUACAUGAACGGAGCUUCACGAUUUGCCUGGCAUGCUGUACCAAAGAUAUUGCCUCAUACAUGUCCCAGCUGGUUGGCGGACUGGCCAUCCCUCGAAGAAGGUUCUCCUUACCAAAUAUGGAAAGGCUGGAUGUCUGGAAAACGAGUCAAUCUCAAUGUUCGGCAAAUGACCAGCUCUAAUGCUCCAGAAAACGCUGGAUUGGUUGAAUAG